CACAAUGUGAUUUCUGCCCAGUGCUCUGAAUGUCAAAGUGAUGAAAUUCAAGUAAGCGCGGGUCAACGGCGGGAGUUGUGUCUUAUACACACACAUACACAUACUGAUAAAGAAAAAUUUAAUGGACACGUGCUCUUGCUCGCUGUUUCCAUGGGCAAAGUCGCUAUGGAAGUGGAUAAUGUGGCUUUGGCCACUUCUAAGAAGAGUGGAUGGCAAACGCUUGCACCGAAGAAGAACCCAGGCAGGCGCAAGAAAUCACCUAACGUACCCAUAACCCUGAACGCCAAAGUACCCAAGGUACUUAAAAACUCAUCGAAGAAGACAUCGGCCAUUGACAGCUCCAACUCCAGCUCCAGUGAAACUGAAAGCAACGAUACGGACAACGAAUCCCUAGAGGUCGGCGAGAUCAGACGGUUCACUGUGCCCCAUAAGAAAAAGACGGCUAAGCUGGCAAAAGUCGAUGAGGUCAGUGAUGCAGAGGAACUGCCGUCAAACAGCAAUCGAUUUGCUGCACUGCCUGUCGAUGAGGAUGUAGCUGCCAAGGAACCAACUAUGCCAGUGGAGGCCGCGGUACCCAAGCCCCCAAGCAUUGUGGACAUGCUAGCCGACCUUGGAGAAGUUACGGAGCAAGGUAGCUUCACUUAUAAGGCCACCGGAGGAGGCUGCGUUAGAAUCAUGCCUAAAGACAGCUUGAUGUACCGUUAAA